AUGCUAGUAGAUGGAGCUGCUCAUAACCAGAUGCUAUCUUUCAUGGACGGUAAUGCAGGUUAUAACCAAAUUAUGAUGGCAGAACAAGACAUCCACAAGACAGCCUUCAUGUGCCCAGGACAUAUAGGUGUUUUCGAAUAUACUGUAAUGCCUUUCGGAAAAAUCCAACCUUUUUCUUCCCUGUUAAGGCUGAAGCAGGAACAAACAUUCAAGUGGGAAGAACAGCACCAGCAGGCUUUCCAGGAAAUAAAGCAUUACCUCUCAAAUCCACCAGUUCUGUCCCCAUCAAAAAGAGGCAGACCACUCAAGCUCUAUGUAUCUGCAUUAGAAGUAUCCAUUGGAAGUCUGCUAGUUCAAGAUAACAAAGAAGGAAAGGAACAAGCAGUCUACUAUCUAAGCAGAACAUUAACAGAAGUGGAAAGAAGGUAUUCCGUAAUAGAAAGACUUUGCCUGGCCUUGUAUUUCACUGCUGUAAAACUCAGACACUACAUGCUGCCACACACUGUCUACAUCAUUGCCAAGACAGACUUAAUCAAAUACAUGCUAACAAGACCAAUGCUGAGGGGCAGAAUUGGGAAAUGGACUUUGGCUUUGACAGAAUUCACCUUCAGGUAUGUCCCCCAGAAAGCUGUCAAAGGGCAAGCUGUGGCAGACUUCCUAGCAGAUCACCCAGGAGAGGAAAUUGAAAACAUGGACUCUUUGGACAUAGCAAAUGCCGAUCUGCUAACUAGAGCUCAUGUUUGCCUUAACAAUCCAAUCUAUUCGAUUCAUCUCACACCUUGGAAACUAUAUUUUGAUGGAUCAAAGACAGAUAAGGCUUCAGGAGCCGGGAUUGUUUUGGAAGAACCAUUGGGGGUCAGACAUUGCUAUUCCUUCCAGUUAGAUUUCCAGUGCACCAACAACAGGGCCGAGUAUGAAGGUUUGAUUAUAGGGCUUGAGAUGUUGAUUGCUGGAGAGUACAAGUGUCUAAAUCCUUCUCUGGCUGUAUAUCUAGUAGCGGCUAGAAAUCUAUUGACAGAAUUUAGAGAAGCUACUUGGGAACAUAUCCCAAGGGAGGAAAACUUUGUAGCCAAUGAACUGGCUCAGGUGGCAUCAGGCAUACAAAUGCCCGAAGACUGCGUCCAGAGGAUCAUCAAGAUAGGAAGGAAAAGUCUACCAUCUGUUUUGACUAGAGGGAUAGAGAUAGAAGUCAAUUCUGCCUUAAUCACUGAAGAUGAUUGGAGGGAGCCUAUCAUGACUUACUUACAGUAUCCCACUCUGCCCUCUAAGAAAAGAGUCAGAAUCAUGGCUACAAACUACCUCAUGUGGAAUGAAGAUUUGGUCCGAAAAAGUAAGGAUGAGGUACUAUUAAGGUGCCUCGGGAAGACAGAAUAUAUGAAGGUUAUGGGAGAAACCCAUAAGGGGAUCUGUGGAACUCACCAAAGGGGAAGAAAGAUGUGCUGGUUAAUCAGAAUGUAUGGCUACUUCUGGCCAACCAUGAUGAAGGAUUGCAUCGACUAUUCCAAGGGAUGA